AUGCGCAUUAGCCGCAGUAGUUCCAGCAGAGUUCCGCCGAGUAAGACGCAGCGGACUCACAGAGAGGAGCAGACAAUGUACCAGGUGGAAGCGGAGCGAUUGGUGUCUGCGGCGGAAGAGCGCGGCACAGCUGCGCUGGCACACGGCGGUAGUAGCGACAGGAUGUGGCAGCGGGCGCGUGGCGUGGCACGCGUGUUGGGCAAAUACGUGCGUUUUGUAGGGCCGGGGCUGCUGGUGUCGGUGGCGUACAUGGACCCCGGGAACUUCUCGACCGCGGUUGCAGCGGGGUCUGCACACCGCUACCAGCUGCUGUUCUCGGUGCUGGUGUCGACGGUGCUGGCGGCAUUCUGGCAGUGUCUGUGCGCGAAGCUGGGCGCCGUGACGGGGCUGGACCUGGCGCAGAACUGCCGCGCGCACUUCCCGCACAACGUGAAUGUUGUGCUGUACGCGCUGGCGGAGAUGGCGAUCAUCGCCACAGACCUGGCCGAGGUGGUGGGCACUGCGAUCUCGCUGAACAUUCUCUUCGGCAUCCCGCUGCCGCUGGGCGUGGUGCUCACAGUGGUGGACGUCCUCGUGGUGCUCAUGGCGUACAAACCCAACGGAUCGCUGCGCGUGGUGCGCUGGUUCGAGAUGUUCGUGUCGCUACUGGUCAUCCUAACCGUGGUCUGCUUCACGGUGGAGGUCUUCUCGGUGGACGUGGGCUCUCCGCAGGAGGUGCUCCGGGGCUUCCUGCCCAGCCGCACAGUGUUCGAGGGCGACGGACUGUACCUGAGCCUGGCGAUACUGGGCGCCACGGUCAUGCCGCACUCACUGUACCUCGGCUCGGGCGUGGUGCAGCCCCGGCUGCGCGACUUCGACAUCCGCAAGGGCUACUAUGUGCCCAGCGACCAUGACCGCGAGAACAACCACCCCAAUUACAAGCCAUCUCUCGAAGCUAUAGACGAUGCAAUGCACUACACGGUGGCCGAGCUGCUGGUCUCGCUGUUCACGGUCGCGCUGUUCGUAAACUGUUCCAUUCUUGUGGUCGCGGGCGCCACGUUGCACGGCAGACUUUCGGACGAGGACACCGGCGACCUGUUCUCCAUCUACAACCUGCUCUGCAGCACGCUCUCCAAGGCCGCCGGCACCAUAUUCGUGCUGGCGCUUCUCUUUUCCGGGCAGUCCGCCGGAAUUGUGUGCACUCUCAGCGGCCAGAUGGUCUCCGAGGGUUUUCUCAGCUGGACCAUCGCGCCGUCCGUGCGCCGCACCCUCACGCGCGCCGUCGCAAUUACGCCGUGUCUGAUCCUCGUGCUUGUCGCGGGUCGCACCGGCCUUUCCGCAGCCCUUAACGCCUCGCAGGUCGUACUGUCACUGCUUCUCCCAUUCGUGUCUGCCCCGCUGCUAUACUUUACCGGCAACAAACAAAUUAUGCGAGUUCCCCUCGAUAACACCUGCUACCACGUGCUUCCCGACGACGAGAUACCGCUCACAACCCUGAGGCCAAACUCUGCCGAAUCCGACCGCUCUGCGCUCCCCCCCCUUGCAUCUUCUGCAUCGCCUGCGCCAGGCUUCCGCGAUAUGAGUAACAGCACCCUGACGAACGUUCUCGCUUGGUUGCUGUGGGUCUUCGUUUCUGCAUUAAAUUUCUAUCUACUGAUCUCCUUCACAAGCGGCAAGGACAUCCACAUUUAG